GCAUUUGCUACACUCGAAGCGCAUGUAGAUCAGCAUCACCUACGCUCAUCAGAGCCGUCCAUUCAUCCAUCAAACAGAACCAAUCAGACGCACCCCAUAGCAGCAAUUAACGUCUCAGAAACUUCCAGUCCGACGUCCCUUAUCCGCAGCUCAUCAUCCCCUUCGUCUCCCUCGCGCCGCCGUCCGCCCAUGGCGCUCCAACCCUUCUCGUCCGCCACCGCCACACGGAGGCUGACCCCUUCGUCUCUUCUCCUUGCUUCGAGAACAGGUAACAAUCACUCUGGAUGCCCUGGUACAUGCAUGAAUAAGUUCUCAUGGAGCUCUACUGCAAACUAUGUAAGACUACAGGUGGGUAGUGCUUUCUCAAGCAGGCACUUGGCUACUAAACUCAUCAAGAAGAGAGCAGGAGUCUUGAGGUGUGCAACUAUUGAAGAAAUUGAAGCUGAGAAAUCUGUGAUUGAGAAGGGUGCUAAAGAGAAGAUGGAAAAGACCAUUGAAACAGUUCGAGGAAAUUUUAAUGCAGUGAGGACAGGGAGAGCAAAUCCUGCCAUGCUUGACCGGGUUGAGGUUGAGUACUAUGGAAGUCCAGUCAGCUUGAAAAGCAUUGCACAGAUCAGUACUCCAGAUGGAAGAUCACUCCUUGUGCAGCCAUAUGACAAGUCUUGCCUAAAAGCUAUUGAGAAGGCUAUAGUCAAUUCUGAUAUUGGUUUGACGCCAAAUAAUGAUGGAGAAGUCAUAAGAUUGAGCAUUCCUCAGCUGACAUCUGAGCGAAGAAAGGAAUUGUCAAAAGUUGUUGCUAAACUGGCUGAGGAAGGAAAGGUAGCUAUUAGAAAUAUAAGGAGAGAUGCCAUCAAAGCCUAUGAGAAACUUGAGAAGGAGAAAAAGCUUUCUGAAGAUAAUGUUAAAGAUUUGUCAAGUGAUCUGCAGAAAGUGACAGAUGAAUACAUGAAGAAGAUUGAUUCCAUCCAGAAACAAAAGGAAAAGGAAUUGCUGACAGUAUAGCUAUCUAAAAGCAUGUACAAAUUCCUGUGUGAUAUCAACUGGCAGUUUUUGACUUGGGUAUCUGUUGGCAACUGGUCGUGAAUAGAGUGGAGCUGCUGUAUGUGUUUUUGAGAGGAUUUUGAUGGAUGAUGAUUCCAAUGAAGCACCAAACUUGCAAGGUUAUUGUUGUGGACUUGGUACAUAAAUCAUGUUUCUUGCUUAAAUUUUUUCCUCGUUUGAUUUUGUAAAGAUCAACAAGGUUCAACAAAUUUCUUUAUUUUGAGGAUUAGUGCUCUUCUAGAUGCAAAAUUACUAAGAUGCAGUAAGUAUUUUUAGCUGCCAUGAGCAAAUCCUGCU